CUUGUGAUCUUGCGAUCUCGGCUGACUCCGACGGAGUCUGGUCCCGAUAGCACGUCGGCGCGGUCUUUUAUACCGCGUUUUCGCAGUUUUUCCGACACGUGCUCGAUAACAACACAAACGUUGUUGCUUACGUGUGCACGUGUCGGUCGCGUGCUUCGCGCGUGUAUUGUUUAUGUGGCGCUACGCGCCGUUUGACGGCCGGCCGUGGUGUUCGCCGGGGGGAAUGCAUCAUUACAAUCUUAAAACGAUAAUUCAGCCAUUUUGCCAACGUCUUUAACCUACCUUAAUCUACCAAGUUUAGCAUGUAGUGGGAAUUGGAAGUAGAAGUGUGUAUGUGAAAUAAUAUAUAAACAGUAGAAAUAAACAGUGACUAGUAGUCAGUAGCAGGGAGCUGCAGUAAGAAGAAGGUUAUAAACUCGAUGAGCCAUAUACGGAAUUCAUAUACAGGAUUUUAAACUGCUCAAAAAAACUUGUCAGAAUGGCAGAUGGAAGUUCGACGAUUCUGAGUACCUUGGAAAAUCAAAUUCAAAAAGUGGUGAUCAACAGACCUACCAAGAAUAAUGCACUAUCAUUAUCGAUGUACAAGGAACUAACAAUGCUUUUAAAUGAAUCCGGUAAAAAUAACAAAGUGUUGAUGUUUGUACUGACAGCAACUGGAAACUUCUUCAGCAGUGGCAAUGAUAUAGAUAUAACAUCGAUGGAGUUUUCUCAUGAUAAUCUACAGAAUGCAAAUUUAACAUUUAAAGAAUUUGUCGACGCUCUGAUUAUGUAUCCAAAACUAUUGGUGGCUAUUGUGAACGGACCAGCAAUAGGAAUAGCUUGCACAAUGUUAGGCUUGUUUGACAUGGUUUAUGCUUCAGAUAAGGCAUAUUUUCGCACACCAUUUAGUUCCUUGGGUCUUAUUGCUGAAGGAUGUUCUACGUAUACAUUCCCCAGAUUACUAGGAUCUUCCAAGGCCGGAGAUAUGCUAUAUAUGGGCUACAAAAUGAGUGCUCAUGAAGCCAAGCAAUAUGGUUUAGUCAGCGAAGUGUACAAUCACAAUGUCCUUGAGGUGUGGGAUUAUCUGAACCAAGUUUCCAAACUUUCCUCAGAGUCAAUAAUGGCCACAAAAGGCUUGGUAGUCAAGUGGAAGAGAGAGACUUUGCUAGAAGUUAAUGCAGAAGAAACAAAAGAAUUGCUAAAACGAUGGGAGUCUCCUGAUUUACUUGAGAGAUUCCUUACUUUUUUAACGCGGAAAAACAAGCUUUAGUGUAAUACUUGAAAACAAAAUUUUUUCAAGUUUUAUACACAUCUUGUGACCUUUUUGUUUGAUGAACCAAGGAUAAAUAUUGUGAAUAUUAGGGAAAAUAUAUGUAACGCGAACGUUUUAAAGGAGUAAGAAUAUAAGGUGUGUGGAUAUAAUCAUAUAUAUAUGUAUAUAUGAUUAUGAUUUUUAUAUAAAUUUUUACUUAAAUGUUUGUUACCUUGUGGAAUUUUUAAGUAUAAAAGUUAUGUGAUCGCAAACUUCAGUUAACAAAAUGGCCUGUAAAAAAUAAAAUUUUACGUAAAAUAUGGA